AUGGCCACCGUCCUUGCUGCCCGGGGCGAGAUGACAGGCAAGCGCCCCAUCAAGCUGACCGCCAAGAUGCAGGGAGCUGGGGGACUCGGCAACCGCUUGCGUGGCGGUGUCAACAAGCGCAACAUUGGCGGCGGCCGACUGCUGCAGAAUGUCCGCAAGGAUGGCGUUCGUGAAGUCGUCGACGACAACGACGAUGAAGGCAAUGUCACGGGCAUUGCUCACACCUCCGCUGCCGCAGCUGACCCGGCUAGCGGCGCUGGUGAUGCCGCUCCCUUGGGGGUCCAGGUCCAUGCUGACGACUUCAGUGAUGAGGAGCAUGGGGAGGAAGAGGAACACACGAAGUUGCAGACGGACAGCAAUGGUCGCGUGGAAAUGCCCGGGGAUGGGCGAAAGGACACGCUGAACAACAUCACAGAUCGUGCUGGGGCGUCGCCUUCCACCCAAAAUCCUGCAGGGAGCCCACUGGAGGGUGUUGCUGCUAACGACCAUGCUCCUAACGACCGACUUGCCGACUUGGAGCGAACCACGCAGCAACAGUCGCUGCUGAUUUCGUCGCUGUUGAAGCAGCUGAACAACGGGUCUGCCUCCAACCCGGGGAGUGGUGCGGUGGGUCCUGCCUCGGGGUCUCCAAACACCAGUGGAACGCCGCGAGCAGCACCAUCUACCCAGCGUGCAACUCCUGUGGUGCAGCAGAAGAGGAAGUAUCCUACAAUGGUUGACACUGGCAACUCGGACGAGCUUACGACUGUCUACCCGUCAGACAGCUUGGUGAUGCAGUGCCUCAUUGUGGUGCACCACAAGGCACGUGGCAAGCACAUCCCUACGGAUGCGUGCGUGAACGCAGAUGACAUCGCCAGCUACCACCGCAAGGUGAAAGCGGCCAUCCGCAAGACCUUCGAAGAGUCCCCGGAUGACCAGCUGCCCGCUUGGUCGCACCAGCACCAGGGGUGGGUGUUUGGGCCCACCAAGACCGUGGUGAUCUCGGGCAGUGGCUUCCCUGAUCUUGUCCCCGAUGCCGCUGAAAAGAAGGUUGUUAAGCUCCUGUUCGAGUAUGCUCAGCUGGAGCCGAAGAAAGGCAAGAAGAUGAAGACCACUUCUAACAACAGUGCUGGCACUGUGGAGCGUGAUAUCUUGGAUGAUGUGGGUGAAUGGGAGGAUGCCAAGGAUAGUGUUUAG